AAUUAGAAAAAUUAAACCUGCGAUUUAAUAAUCUUAAAAUGAACAGCUAGUUCCACCUCUAAAAGAAUAAUAAAAAAUGAUGUUAUAAAAUAUAUAUUUAUAAAAUCCACCACAAAAAUCAAAUUUGUCAAAUGUCACAUGUAUAAAAUUAAAAUUAACAAAUUAAUUCAGAUUUAAACUUUAGUCAUAGUUCUGGCUCCCAAUGCAAACCUUAAAAAUAAUACAGUACAUAGUAUCACAAGAUUCUCGAUUUUGAAAGAGGAUGCCAAUUGAUCAAAAAAUGGCAAAAGAGAAAAAGCUUUCAUAGCACAAACAUCACUUCCUGGAAAUGUAACUGAACGUACCUCUUUCUGAAAUAUCAAGUUGCUCUGUAUUUUUUUAACAGGACAGCAUUCCGUUUUAUCUUUCCCCUUCAGUGACAGUUUUUUGCUGGUCUGACUAUUUCCCCAUCUCUCAUUCUAAACAGCUUUGCAGUGCAAAUAUAUCCGUGCAUUCACAUGGAAUCUUGAUUAAUGGAUUGAAAGUAAUAAGUGUGUGUGUGUGCGUGCACGUCGACCAUGCCACCUGGGCAUCCCCAUAUAAGACUCCAAACAUGAGGCAGGGACCAUGAAAUCGCACUGGGAGCCGGAAGGAGAAACCAGCGAGAUAACAUCAAGAUCUUUCUUCUCCGUGACAACCCAAUAUAAUCCAGGUACAGUAUGAUGAUGGAAAGGAUUUACUCUUUCAUUGGACUGUUACUCCUCAUCCUGAUCCACAGAAGCCUGCAGAUUCCCACUCAAGACACGGAAGAAAAUACCAGCCUUAUGUCUGAUGACGCAUUAUUUAAUGACCCAAGAGAAGUAACCAACAUGAAGAGACAUUCAGAAGGAACUUUCUCAAACGAUUACAGUAAAUACCUGGAGACCAGAAGAGCACAGGACUUUGUUCAGUGGUUAAUGAACUCCAAAAGAAGUGGAGUCCCUACACGACGGCAUGCAGACGGCACAUACACUAGUGAUGUCAGCUCAUACCUGCAGGACCAGGCGGCAAAAGAGUUUGUUUCCUGGCUAAAGACAGGGAGAGGAAGACGAGACUGAAGAUUCUCCAGACAGAGAUAAACUACCCUGAAUUCCUGCGAUAUUCCACCAUACAGUGUUUUUUUUUUUGUUUGUUUGUUUUUGUUGUAAGGACUAGUCCUGUAAGUUUCCUUGCAUCAUGCAAAUAAAACUCUUCAAAU